AUGGGUCAGCUAUCUAUCUAUCUAUCUAUCUAUCUAUCUAUCUAUCUAUCUAUCUUAGGUGAUUAUCUAAGUUCAUUAUCUAUCUAUCUAUCUAUCUAUCUAUCUAUCUAUCUAUCUAUCUAUCUAUCUAUCUAUUUAUUCCUCUCAGUCAUUUUUGAGUUAUCUAUCUCAGUCUGUUCCUAUCUAUGUGAUUAUCUAAGUUCAUUAUCUAUCUAUCUAUCUAUCUAUCUAUCUAUCUCAGGUGAUAAUCUGACUUCAUUAUCUAUCUAUCUAUCUAUCUAUCUAUCUAUCUAUCUAUCUAUCUAUCUAUCUCAGGUGAUUACCUAUGUUCAUUAUCUAUCUAUCUAUCUAUCUAUCUAUCUAUCUAUCUAUUUAUCUAUCUAUCUAACAUUUUAUAAAUAUCCAUUUAUUCACAUCUCUCUACAUAUAAGUGUACACAAACAUCAUAUCUAUCUAUCUAUCUAUCUAUCUAUCUAUCUAUCUAUCUAUCUAUACUGUGAUACCCUGCCUGUCUAUCUAUCUAUCUAUCUAUCUAUCUAUCUAUCUAUCUAUCUAUCUCUAAGUCUGUUUAUAUCUAUACCAGCCUAUCUCAGCCUGUCCAUGUCUAUCUAUCUAUCUAUCUAUCUAUCUAUCUAUCUAUCUAUCUAUCUGUGCAUAUCUUUCUAUCUAACAGUGUAA